AUGUCCCACGAUAUUUCCGACAAUGAGCUCGACGAGUUUGAUGCUGGAAGAGAGAAAGUCUUGCUAGACCAAGCUGGAGAUUAUCUUCGCCAAAAGAGCUCUGACGAUGAGGACUCUGAGGAGGAGGUUCUUGGUCUUAGAAAUGAAGAAGUUUCAGAAAGCGAAGACGAGGACGACAAUGAUGAUGAAGACAUGGAAGACCAGCAAGAAGGGUCUGGUGAUGAGUCUGAUCCUGAAGGUUGGGGUUCUAAGAAGAAUUACUACGGUGGUGAUGAUGAUAGUGAUGACAAUGAAAUGGCUGAAGAGGCCCUUAGACAACAGAAGAAGCAUUUACAGGACCUUGCAAUGGACGAUUUUGUCGAUGAAGAUAUGAUGGAGGACUGGACGAAGAAGGCAGAAGAGCACGAUACCCAAGACACGAAACAUGUGGUUGUGGCUGACGAAAACAUGGACUUGGAUCUGUUGGAUGAGGAAGAAAAGAUGAAAUUCUUGACUGGAUCGUACCCAGAGUUUGUUCCACUUUUGAAGGAGUUCCACAGUCUAACGCCGGACCUCGAGAAGUUCCAGGCUGAAACGAAGCCUUCUGCACUGAUUGAAGCCAAGUUGGUCGCUUUACGUGCGUACUUAGCAUCGAUCUCAUCAUACUUCGCUUUACUCACAGAGAGAUUGACGGGAAGCCAAAAGCAUUCUAGCAUGAAAGAUGAACCAGUCAUGGAGCUGAUUCUCCUGAGUCGAGAAGUUUGGAGACAAGCCAACGAGUUGAGCUCGGAAGAAACUGCAGUGGAAGCCGAGACGAAUGGACAGGUCGCUAGCGACGUCUCCGAGGACGAGGUGGAGGUACCACAACAGCAUGUUUUGACUGAUUCUGAAGAGGAAGAGGAAGAACUGGAAAGCGAAGAAGAGGAGGCCGUUGAGGAACCUAAACCCUCGAAGAAGGCUAUCCGUUCUGCGUCAUCCUUGGAACCAGUUGGAGACUACUCCGAACAAAGCGCUAUCGAUGCUGGUGAUCUUCUUGAAAAGAACCGUCGUAAGAAGUCCUUGCGUUUCUACACUGCUAAGAUUAACAAGGCUUCCAAUAAGGGCAACCCUGACGACCAGUAUGCUGGUGAUGCCGACUUACCAUACAAAGAAAGACUCUUUGAGAGACAACAAAGACUCAUGGAGGAAGCCCGUAAGAGAGGCUUGGGUGGUGAGAACAGUAUGGGAGAUGACUUGGAUGGUAAUGACCUCGAUAGCGGUGAUGAAAGAGAGGUGGCUGGUAUUAAUGACAUUGAUGGCGAAGAUUACUACGAAAGCAUGAAGAACGCUAGGGACAAUAAGAAACAAGCUAGACGUUCUGCCCAUAACGAAGCUAAGAAGGCCGCUAGAGACGGUAAGUUGGCUGACUUUGCAGAGACCACUGAUGAGAAUGGUAAAAGAGCACUUAAUUUCCAGAUUCUCAAAAACAAGGGUCUUACGCCGAACAGAAAGAACGACAACAGAAACGCCAGAGUCAAGAAGAGAAAGAAGUACGACGCCGCCAAGAAGAAGCUCAAGUCGGUCAGACAAGUUUACGACCAGAACAACCGUGGUCCAUACGGGGGAGAGAAGACAGGUAUCAAGAAGGGUAUGUCCCGUUCUGUCAAGUUGGUUUAA